AAACAUCCCUAGAAGGCGUUUCCUUUGUUCUUUCAUUCAACAAAUAGUUGUUCAAUUUCAUAUGCUCUCUGUCUUGGGAAAACCAAUUCAGGCCUCUGGAGCCCCAACACAGAGGCACUGUUCCCGCCUUACUAACGACCCAGUGAAGCCAGGAAGAGGAAUCUCGACCACUGCUGCGCAAUACCACGUGUGAUUUAUUAAAUGCCGUCUCUCUGAGUCCCAAGUGGCCGGGAGCAUUAUUGCCACCUCCCUUGCCCUCAUCUCUCGCUACCACGCAAGAAAGCGUUAAUCGCAAAUAGUGACCAUAGCCACGAUCCGUCGUUCCUGCUUCCAAGCAAGCCUUGUACCAGCUUCCUCAUUUUGCGAGGCUCCACUCUCUUGGGCUUCAGGCUGCGGCUGCGCCUCCGGGACCAAAGGCCAAUCGGGGUCUGAAAGUCCCGGCCACAGACAUCUACAGGCGGGUGUAGAAUAGCGCACCCGCGUGGCGGCGGCCCGGGGCGUCUCAACCGGAUUUUUCCAUCUCUUGCGUAGGCUUGGUCCCCCGUACACUCCAGCGGAACUACAACUCCCAGCACCGUGGCUGCCCGGACUCCCGGAAGCCGAAGCUCUGCAGGGAGGAAGCAGCUGAGACCCUGCCAACAAGCCGGGGGGUUAAUUUAGCCAGAAAAGGGGGCGGGAAGGGCUCUGGGGCACCUGUCAAUUCGCCACCAUGAACGUGGUUUUUGCUGUGAAGCAGUACAUUUCCAAAAUGAUAGAGGACAGCGGGCCUGGUAUGAAAGUACUUCUCAUGGAUAAAGAGACGACUGGCAUAGUGAGUAUGGUAUACACGCAAUCGGAGAUUCUUCAGAAAGAAGUGUACCUCUUUGAACGCAUUGAUUCUCAAAAUCGAGAGAUCAUGAAACACCUGAAGGCAAUUUGUUUUCUUCGACCUACAAAGGAGAAUGUGGAUUAUAUGAUUCAGGAGCUUCGAAGACCCAAAUACAGUAUAUAUUUCAUUUAUUUCAGUAACGUGAUCAGCAAGAGUGAUGUGAAGUCAUUGGCUGAAGCUGAUGAACAGGAAGUUGUGGCUGAGGUUCAGGAAUUUUAUGGUGAUUACAUUGCUGUGAACCCACAUUUAUUUUCCCUCAAUAUUUUGGGUUGCUGCCAGGGUCGAAAUUGGGAUCCAGCCCAGCUAUCUAGAACAACUCAAGGGCUUACAGCUCUCCUUUUAUCUCUGAAGAAGUGUCCCAUGAUUCGUUAUCAGCUCUCAUCAGAGGCAGCAAAGAGACUUGCGGAGUGCGUUAAGCAAGUGAUAACUAAAGAAUAUGAACUGUUUGAAUUCCGUCGGACAGAGGUUCCUCCAUUGCUACUUAUUUUAGAUCGCUGUGAUGAUGCCAUCACCCCAUUGCUAAACCAGUGGACAUAUCAGGCCAUGGUCCAUGAACUGCUAGGCAUAAACAACAAUCGGAUUGAUCUUUCCAGAGUGCCGGGGAUCAGUAAAGACUUAAGAGAAGUGGUCCUAUCUGCUGAAAAUGAUGAAUUCUAUGCUAAUGUAGGUGGUUUAAAAUUUUUUUUAAUUGUGUUUAGUUGUUUUUAUGUAGCCUUUGUUGAGAAUUAUCCACAGUUCAAGAAAAUGUCUGGGACUGUUUCAAAGCAUGUGACAGUGGUUGGAGAACUGUCUCGAUUGGUCAGUGAGCGGAAUCUGCUGGAGGUUUCAGAGGUUGAGCAAGAACUGGCCUGUCAAAAUGACCAUUCUAGUGCUCUCCAGAAUGUAAAAAGGCUUCUUCAGAACCCCAAAGUGACAGAGUUUGAUGCCGCCCGCCUGGUGAUGCUUUACGCUUUACAUUAUGAGCGACACAGCAGCAAUAGCCUGCCAGGACUAAUGAUGGACCUCAGGAAUAAAGGUGUUUCUGAGAAGUAUCGAAAGCUCGUGUCUGCAGUUGUUGAAUAUGGUGGUAAAAGAGUCAGAGGAAGCGACCUCUUCAGCCCCAAAGAUGCUGUGGCUAUCACCAAACAGUUCCUCAAAGGACUGAAGGGAGUAGAAAAUGUAUAUACACAGCAUCAACCUUUCCUACAUGAAACCCUGGAUCAUCUUAUCAAAGGAAAGCUUAAGGAAAACCUGUAUCCUUAUCUCGGCCCCAGCACACUCAGAGACAGACCUCAGGAUAUCAUUGUGUUUGUAAUUGGAGGAGCCACCUAUGAAGAGGCUCUAACAGUUUAUAACCUGAACCGCACCACUCCUGGAGUGAGGAUUGUCCUGGGAGGCACCACAGUGCACAACACGAAAAGUUUCCUAGAGGAAGUUCUGGCUUCUGGACUGCACAGCCGAAGCAAGGAGAGCUCUCAAGCCACAUCAAGGUCAGCAAGCAGAAGAUGAAACGGUGAUGCGGGGAAUGGCACAGCUUCCACUCUUGCCCCCACUACAGGCUCUCCCCACUAACUAGAGGUGUGGGAGAGCAACUUUGGGUCCUGUGCUGGUUGUUAGAACUCACCUCUGGGUAGCCCGCAGAUUCCUGGUUGGUACAGACACCAAGACUCUCAGAGUUGAGCCAACAUAAGUCUGAGCCCAACUCAACCCUCUUUUCUCCUGUAGUCUUUGUGUAUCUGUUAGCACAAUCACUUCAGUUACUGAUGAAUUUUGUCGGGAUCUGACUUGGGAAAAGGGUUUUCAGAGACUAGAGGGGCUUAAAAAGUAGUCAUUUGAUGUACAUACCACAUUUCUCAACUUCCUUUCUCUUCCCUUGACCCUUUCUGCUUUUCAUUAACCACAUUCCUGCACAACUUAUUUCUGAAAACCUCCCAUGUUUCUUUACAGAGGCACCCAAAAAUUGUUUGUCCCUAUAUAACAAUUCUCUGUUGCACUGAGAAACCAUGUACGACCACAAUAAAACUCCAUUUUGUGAAAAGA